AUCGCCAAUAUGCAACAAAACCAGCUGUUGUAUACGGCACGGCUGAGCAUCCAGGCCUCGGGUGGUAUAAUUACCCUAACCUCGUACUCAUGCCAGCGAAGGGACGCCUUCUUGGGAAACAGCUGAAAACAACGGGAAUUUGACGGGAAAACAUUCUCGCUCUACUGUUGGUUUUCCUCUGGAAAUCUAAGGUUUUGGUGCAGAUGGUGUGAAAGGCAGCAAGACAAAGAUGUUUUUGUAUGAGGAAAGUCCUCACAAAGCUCAGUAGCAACUGUCAAGUGGUCACAGAAGACUUCGCCUUGCUACACGGCUCCGUCUCUAUGAGACACAGAACAGCGUAUUCACAAUUGAAACAAAGAAACUGGAAGUAUAAUUAUACUGUAGAAACGCUGAAAAAUAUAUCUGAAGAAAAUACUAUUUGUUCAUUGGUCAAUACUUAACACGCUGCCUUAGCUUUGCUUAUGUGGACUUGAUUGCUUAAUACUCAUAUACAUAUCACGCUUAGUAAUAACUUAAAACACUUCAAAGAUGUGCCUCUUCACUUGUAUUGGAAAAUGCAUCGGCUUAACAUUCAAGUGCCUUGGCAAAAGCUGCAUGGCAAUGUGCCGUGCCCUCUGCAAAUGCUUCUGCAACCCUGUUUCUCCAGGCGCGGGAUUUUUCAUCCAAAUAUUCCUGUACGCACUCUUCCAAGGUUUCAACAUCGGGACAGACGUGGGGAUAUUCUUCGAAACGACCAAAAUGUACUCGAAAUGUAACGCUUUGGCAACUACGAUUAUCUAUAUUGGCAACACUACCAAUGUAACAGACCACAUCUACUGCUUCAAUAGUUUGUCAAACGUCACGCAAGGUCACCUGAUGGAUCAGAUACAAACGCUGCAAAUCCUACAAGGCGUCUUCUUCUUCUUCAUCUGUCUCUCUGGUGGAAUCUACGUGGUUCAUAUUGCUGUGCUGUUUCCAAACGCCUGCAGACAUUGGAGAGACGAGAACUUCGAGAACAUGCUUGCCGAGGCCCCGGCGUACUACCAGAAGAUCUUGCAGAUUCAUACUCUUUUUCUGCUUCUUGAAAGUGUCAUUCAUGAUAUGCCGAUGUCGUCGUUGGCUAUCGAGAUGUGCGCGCAGAUGUGGGGGAUAGGAGGGGUAAACUGCUGGGAAUGCGCCGCGUCCAUGGAUCUUCUUCCUGCUGUUGACCAAUCGUUACCAGGAUGCGAGAAGUGGCUUGGACUGCUACUUGGUUCGAUAGCCCUGGUCAGCAUAUACAAAGGUAUUCUACCCUUGUACGCAUGGAUAGGUAACCCAUUCUGCUGGGCGUGUUAUCCUCUACGUAUCUGCGUCGUCCUACCCGCGGGAUUCCUUUACUGCGUCUUGACCCUUGCGCCAUCCAUGGGUGUUGCCUUAAACCGUCUGUUCGUGGUGGAACCGUCGAUGAAGAAAGAAAUGGGCACGUUUGCCGACACCAUCUGGACCUUUGGCCUCUUCUUCUACGGCAUCUUUGCCAUCAUCGCGCUCUUGUACUGGCUUUUGUGCGGCAAGUGCAUAUGUUCUAUGUGUUGUGAAUGCAAAAAGAAGGAGGAUGGAAAAGGAUGUCUAUGUUGCUGAGCAUGCAGUUCAUUUGGACAGCGGAGAUACCCCACUCUGCGCAGGCACUGGAACUGAAUAUAUGUGCGUACCAGAGUAUCAUCUUAAUUCAGGAGUGGGAUUCGCUUUAGGAGCAUGCACAUAUAAUUAUAUAUACAUGUGAAUACAUAUGUUAUUAAGGGGUCACAAAGAGAAUAGUUGUUUUGUGGCCGGUAUUGCUUCUUCAUGAGGUUUGCUUCCAUGGGUCGUUAGUUUCCAUUAGUGAUAUUCUCAUACUGUUGUAAAUUCGAAAGGGAAAAAAAACCUCUACAAAUAACGUGCCUGUUUGGUCACAGAAACAUUAAUGGGGCCCUAACGUUAAAUUCCCUUCGAUUUGAAGUCAGUCUGUCGCGCUGUCUGUCUAUAUCCGUCCGUUCGUUCAACCAUUCUCUGCCUGUAUGUAGAUCAAUGUUAAUCCAGUAACUAUGAAAUUCUCUAGCGAAAAAAGGCUUCGUUUUGACUACUGUCAACUAUGGUUUAAUCAAACUGAUGCAAAAAGCAUACUAUUUGCAGCUGUUAAGAGAGGUUAAGAGAUUGAGAUAUCAAUGUUAGUAAUUGGGCGUAAUGUUCCCGUUGAGGAAAUAACUUGGUCGAGUUGGCAUCGCAGUGCAUUAUGGGAUUAUUUUAGAGGCAUAUUUCCAAGAUGGCGGCUAAAACAGUCCCACAAUGCACUGAAAUGCCAACUCGGACCAGUUUUUUUCUCGACUUUAUUUAUUACUUAAUUAUUCAUUUGGCGUGCAGGCAUGUCUUAUUAUCAGUUGACCAGCGGUUUUAUUUUGCAAGCCCUAGUAUAAAAUAGAUAAAUUAAGAGUUGUCACCACCAGAGUACUACUAUACCAUUCUCGGAAACCUCAUGUAAAAACGUUCGCCAUUAGUCGAGGAGAACGUUAGGUUAAAAUACGCCUCGAACGCCUGACCCAGGUAAGGCACAUCUUUCAGUGGUACCAUAGGGGACAAAUUUUCGUUUCUUAAUUUAUGUAUAGAAGGAGUUUUUCUUAUUCAUUUGUCUAACCAGGCGGAUAAAGAUGUACUCUCGGCGCCUGGGAUCUUUGGCUCCCAGAUUAAGCAAUAAGAAGUGUAAGAUGUCUGUAUGUCAGAGAUUAUUUUAUAUUAUAAAGAAAUUGUUAUAUGAAUUAACUAUCAUCGCAUUACUUGAACUAUCAUCAUUAUGAUCAUAUCAAACAAACUGAAGGAAUUGGAAUAAUUAAUUUUGAAGUAAAACUAUGUGGCUGUAUUAAGAUGGGGGAAAAUAAAGAUGACUGAUUUAA